CGCCUUUCUAUCUGACGAGCUUCGAUAACCCUCAAUUGAGUCUCACCUCACCAUGUCUUCUCUUGCGGGCUUGCUGCAGCAGCCCACCACCAGACAGCUGCUGGCUGGUGCGGCCUUGCUGUUCCUGACGGCCUUCUACUCGCCGUUGACCGUCUUGAUGCUGGCACCCGUGUAUGGCUCGGCCCCUGCCCACAUCUUCCACGGCUAUGGCGUCGCCAUCGUCGGCGCCGCUGGCUGGUUCCUGAAGGACCACGUCCAGCGCCUGUCAGGUCGUCGGGCCCUCUUGGUAGUCCCGGUCCUGGCCUUCUGGGUUCCUACCGUCCAGACCUUCCUGUUCGCGUCCAGCUCCGUGAUGGGCAACCCGUUCGGAGCCGUGGUCACCGAGGCCAUCUCCUACUACCCGCUCCUCCUGGUCUCCGUGGCCUGCGCAGGAAAACUGGUGCAGGCGGGCCUGGACCUGGGCCGCCACGGCGAUGCAGUCGCGGAGCAUGUUCCUCUCCUGGUCACCUAUGUCCUCUACAAGGCGGGCGAGAAGUUCGCCAAGGGGUUCCUGGCCAGGUUCCUCGGCUCGGCCUUCUUCCUGAGUCGCUCGGGUCUGCAGCUCUUGCUGCCGCUCCUGUACUCUGUCAUCGCCCCCUCCAAGGUCCUGCUCCUGGCUCUCCCCUCGGUGCUCUUCUCCCUGACUUCCAAUGUGCACAUGCACUCGGGGGCGCUGAACGCGUACCUCCAUGAGGAGGGCUUCAACCUUGUCGCUCGCCAGGACUCCGUCACGGGCUAUCUCUCCGUCCUGGACAACCUGAACGAUGGAUUCCGGGUCAUGCGGUGCGACCACAGCCUGCUCGGAGGACAAUGGACCAGAAUGCCCCGCAACUACAACCCGGUCGUGAUGGACCCGAUCUACUCGGUGUUCACCAUGCUCGAGGCCAUCCGUCUGGUGGAGAACGACCACCGCGAGCCUCGCGUGGAUGCCAACAGCAAGGCCCUCGUCAUCGGCCUCGGCGUGGGCACCACCCCCUCGGCCCUAAUCCACCACGGCAUCGAGACCACCAUCGUGGAAAUCGACCCCGUCGUCCACCAGUUCGCCACCGAGUACUUCCACCUCCCCUCGAACCACAUCACCGUCAUCGAAGACGCCACCACCUUCGUGCAGCGCACUCCCGAGCAAUACGACUACAUCGUCCACGACGUCUUCACCGGCGGCGCCGAACCCCUCGAGCUCUUCACCAUGGAAUUCCUCGAGAACCUCGCUUCCACCCUCAAAGACGACGGAGUCAUCGCCAUCAACUACGCCGGCGACAUCUCCCUCUACCCCGCCGCCCUAACCGUCCGCACCAUCCAACACGUCUUCCCCACGUGCCGAAUCUUCCGCGAGGAAUCCGACUCCGACCUGACCACCGACUUCACCAACAUGGUGAUCUUCUGCAAGAAGAGCGCCGCCACCCCGCUGUCCUUCCGCAAGCCCGUCCCCGCAGACUACAUGGGCAGCAAGUUCCGCGAGAACUACCUGCUGCCCAAGCAGGAGGUCGACGUCUCCCGAUUCCAGGAUAUCCCCAAGGGCGGUCGCCGCUUCCUGUUCGAUCGCGAGAAGCAUCUCAUUCAUAAGUGGCAGGAUCGCGCCUCGUUGGAGCAUUGGAAUAUUAUGCGGAAUGUAUUGCCGGAUGGGGUUUGGGAGAAUUGGUGAGUUUUUUUUUUUUUUUUUUU